AUGGUUAAAAAAUAUAUUGUAGUAUUUAGUUUCAUGUUGCUAGAGAUUUAUGCCCUCAACUGCCGCACCGAAGGUAGUUUGAAAAGCGAUGAACUAAAGAGAAUCUACAACAACUGCGCGAGACAACACGAAGGGAAGAAUUCUAGCAACACGAGAAACUCUUCAGAACAGGACUGGCGCGAUCGUGGAGGCCAGAGAACCGAAAACCAAAGAAAUAGCGGAAGGGAUGAGAGAGAAGAAGUUAAGAACUGGAUGGACGAAAGGAGAGAUAGAAUGGGUAAUAAGGAGAGAAUGGGUGAAAACAAUGAUAACGGAUAUAAUAAGGACUAUCGCCAAAAUCAAGGUAUGAAUGGUCAUCAGUAUAAUGACUAUGAGAAACAAUAUCAGAACGAAUAUGAUAGAAGAGAUGAGAACCAUGACAAAAGAAUGAACGGUAACAGAGACAGCGGCGGAUAUAAAAGUACAGGGAAUUACCAAAACGAUCGUUUUAAUGGUCAGGAUUUCUAUCAGAACGAUGAAUACGGAAGUGGAGCUCAAUCGCGCAACAUGUACUCAAUGCCAAGUCACAGAUAUAGAAGGGAGCGACCAGAAAAGAACUCCGGACAGCGAAGCCAGUACAACCCAAAUACUCACCGAUCGGAUGACUAUAGGAACUCCAGCGAUUCCAAAGGUGGAAGGGCUUGUGCCAUGCAUUGUUUCCUUGACAACUUACAGAUGACAGGAGAGAACGGUAUGCCAGACAGAUACCUCGUGACCAACGCAAUGACUAAGGAAGUCAGGAAUGAGGACUUAAGGGAUUUCCUACAGGAAUCGAUAGAGGAAUGUUUCCAGAUACUUGAUAAUGAGAAUUCCGAAGAUAAGUGUGAAUUUUCCAAGAACCUGUUAAUCUGCUUGUCGGAGAAAGGUCGAGCCACAUGCGACGAUUGGAAGGAAGACGUUCAGUUUAAUUAG